AGUGAAGUCAUGAGCAGCAGCAGCCUGCCUAAAAGUCAUGUAAAUAUUUACAGCACCAGUUGAAUUGUUGCCUUUUCUAACUGAUAGAAGAUAGUUGUUCUGCUGCAGUUUAUGAAGACGAAGGAUUCAGAAACAGACUGCAUGUAGCGACUGUGUGAUGUGCAUCGUGGAGAGAGAGGCUGGCAGAGACAGGCGUGUCCAUUUCUAAUGCGCCCAGCACGGAUGAGUUUGGGACUAUGUGGUGCCCAGAAGAGGAGGUUGGUGCUGGGCGUCAUUGUCCUGUUGCUUGUGGACGUCAUCUGGGUCGCUUCAUCUGAACUCACAUUCUAUGUGUUUGUGCAGCAGCAGUACAACAAGCCCUUUUUCAGCACAUUUGUGAAGACCUCCAUGUUCAUUCUGUACCUGCUGGGCUUCCUGUUCUGGAAACCAUGGCGACAGCAGUGUGCAACCCAACAGCAACAUGGCAUAUAUAUAUCUGAUGCUGAUUUACAUGUGACUGCUGGUGACGCCGAAAACAACUAUAAUAAUUCCCUAAGUGAGCCUCUGUAUGUGCCAGUGAAGUUUCAGGAUGUUCCUGAUAACAGGGUCAGUCGAGAGCCUAAGACUCCUACAAGGAAGCAGCGUGUAAGGUUCAGUAAUGUGAUGGAGGUACGUGAACUCCCUCAAUCUCAGGCUUUAGAAGCCAAACUGUCUCGCAUGUCUCAUGCUGCCACCUCACUCAGGAUUAUGGGAAAACUUAGCAUCACUGCUGUGGCCAAAAUCAGCUUCUUCUUCUGCUUUGUGUGGUUCCUGGCUAAUCUGGCCUAUCAGGAGGCUCUAACAGACACACAGGUGGCUAUUGUAAACACUGUGUCCUCCAGCUCAGGCGUCUUUACUUUGAUCUUGGCCGCCAUAUUUCCCAGCAGUAGCAGUGAUCGCUUCACGCUUUCCAAACUGAUUGCUGUUAUCCUCAGCAUGGUGGGAGUGGCUAUGGUCAGUUUCUCAGGGAUGGACAGUUCUGGUGGAAAAGGCACUAUUGGCUUUCUCUGGUCACUGCUCGGCGCGAUCCUAUACGCUGUCUACAUCGUUCUGCUAAAGAGAAAAGUUGAUCGAGAGGAGAAGCUUGAUAUCCCACUUUUCUUCGGCUUUGUGGGCUUGUUUAGCCUGCUGCUGUUAUGGCCUGGCUUUGUGCUGCUGCACUAUUCUGGGUUGGAGCUGUUUGAGAUGCCUAAUCGGAUGGUAAUCGGCUAUAUCCUCAUCAACGGCCUGAUUGGGACCGUGCUCUCGGAGUUCCUCUGGUUAUGGGGCUGUUUUCUCACUUCCUCUCUAAUUGGGACACUGGCUCUGAGUUUGACAGUUCCACUGUCCAUCCUGACUGAUAUAUGCUUGCAGAAGACAAGUUUCUCCUGGUUAUUCUUUGCCGGAGCAGUCCCAGUUUUCCUCUCCUUCUUCCUGACUGCACUCCUGAGCCACUACAAUAACUGGGACCCGGCGAUGGUGGCGCUGCGGAGAGUUUUCUCCUUUAUCUGCCGCAAGCACAGGAUUCACAGAUUAGCAGAGGACAAUGAGCAGUGUGAGAGUCUCAUCCCUUUACAGAGCUCUUCCCUUGAUAACCGAGGGUUUUGCUCUUGAUUAACAUUUCAAGAGGAACAGAGAAGCAGCAAAUGACAAUCUGAAUCCUGCCAUUAUGCCUCGUAUCAUCUCUUCCUUCUCCUGCUCCUCACGUAUCCUGAAGAUCCUGUGAUUGACCAUAUUUAAUCCUCAUCUUGUUGGCUGUGAUAUCUCAGGGCUAGAAACCACGCCCAAGCAAGCAGCUUUCACCAGCCGUGAUGGAUGAUCCAGACACACUAACUGACUUUCCAAUCACGGUAUCAUAAAACGAGCCCUUCCCAAGCAAAAUGGGUUUGUGAUCUGCAGUGUGAGAUCUUGCGUUAAAGUGUGUGCGCGCACACGCACGCGUGUUUAUCAGUAUAUCACAUUAUGAAUGAUUUGUGUUAGUAAAUUAAUACAGGCCAUACACACUUCAUAAUUAUUGUCAAGCAAAGUGAUAUACAUACAGAUUUGCUGGUUUCAAAUCACCGUUUCUCCCAUGAAGUUCAAAUAUUAUCAUCUUUUUAAUCUUUGUACAAUAGAAGGACUCUAGCUGUCGAGGUCCUAGUGAAAACCACACGAUGCUUUUCACCAGUGAAACGAGACACUAAAACCAUGUAACAUGGUCAUGAAUAUUGUGUGUAUGAAUUACCAUUACCAUGUAAUUAAUAGUUUGAAUAUAUUUGGUAUGAAUUACCAAAUACAAUCCAAAUCCAAGUAAACACUAUUGAGCAUAUGA